AUGGCAGAGGAGGAGGAUUUAUCACCAAACCUUAUGACAGAGGACAUGGAACACAGCAAUGGCGGCUUCGUACCUCCAGACGGCUUAUGCUGGCUGUCAGUGCUGUCCUGUCUGCUGCUGGCGUGUUCGUAUGUUGGGAGUUUAUACGUGUGGAGGAGUGACCUGCCGAGGGAUCACCCCACUGUGAUAAAGAGACGCUUCACCAGUGUGCUCAUCGUGUCGGGCCUGUCGCCUCUCUUUGUGUGGACAUGGAGAGAAUUCACAGGUGUCAGGACUGGCCCAUCGUUACUGGCUCUCAUGGGGAUCCACUUAGAAGGCCUUAUUCCUGCCAUCAUACUUCCUCUGAUGCUCACUAUGGUCCUGUUUCUGGGCCCCCUCAUGCAGUUGGCCAUGGACUGUCCCUGGAGCUUUAUGGAUGGGAUCCGGGUGGCCUUAGACCCGUGGUUCUGGAUGCUGUGUUUCAGCGACAUGCGCUGGUUGAGGAAUCAGGUGGUGGCGCCGUUAACAGAGGAGCUGGUGUUCAGGGCUUGCAUGCUGCCCAUGCUGGUGCCCUGUGCUGGCCCUCUCACCGCCAUCUUCACCUGCCCCCUCUUCUUUGGAGUGGCUCACUUCCACCACGUGAUUGAGCUGCUGCGGUUCAGGCAGGGGACGCUGUCAGGGAUCUUCCUCUCUGCAGUGUUCCAGUUCUCCUACACAGCAGUGUUUGGGGCCUACACUGCCUUCAUCUUUAUCAGAACAGGUCACCUGAUAGGUCCGGUUCUCUGCCACUCCUUCUGUAACUACAUGGGUUUCCCAGCGAUCAGUGCAGCGAUGGAGCACCCCCACCGCCUCACCGUCCUCUCCUCCUACCUGAUGGGGGUCCUCCUCUUCCUCUUCUUCCUCUUCCCCUUCACUGACCCCUCCUAUUACGGCCUCCCCACACCGGUGUGCACCCUCACCUCGUCCCCCAGCUCCCUCUGCCUCUCCUGAUCCCUGCUCCCCCAUCCCCCCACACUUCUCUGCAGUUGUCAUGUCACCUUCCACUGCUCAAGCAGUUGAGGAUGUU